AUGAGACUAUUUGCAGCAACUCAAACUUCGGACCCAUUCCGGUUUCAAGGAAAUGGCGUCACUUACAAGGGUAAAUUAAUUGGUGAACGAGAUGUGGAUAGCGCUCGAGGAGAUGCAAUGUGUGCUGAAGCUAUGCGAGCAGCUAAAGCUGCUGUCAAAGCUGCAGGUGCACAUAAGACUCGGAUAAUACUCCAGAUAAACAUCGAUGGAAUAAAGAUAGUCGACGAGAAAAGCAAUGCUGUUCUGCACAACUUUCCGGUUUCGAGGGUAUCUUUCAUAGCUCGUGAUACUACAGAUGCUAGAGCUUUUGGAAUCGUUUUUGGACAACCAGACAAUAAGUAUAAGUUUUAUGGUAUCAAGACUGCACAAACUGCUGAUCAAGCCGUUCUUGCCAUUCGAGACAUGUUCCAGGUACUUGGUUUUUGUGGUGUCGUAUUUGAGAUGAAGAAGAAGCACAUUGAACAAGUGAAACAGCAGCAAGAGGAGAGGAAAACCAAAAAUGAAAGCACACCAACGGAUGGAGUUGCUGUGGCCGAUUUGUUAGAUUUGGAAACGGAAGUACAGCAGAUCGAACAAGGACUUCAACAGUUGGAACAGAUUCCUACUGGAACUGAUGCAUUUGGUGCAACACCAUUUGCUGAUCCAUUCCAAGAUAGCUUCGUUGCUAGCGUGAGUUGCUCGAUCAUUUCAAAUAGCCAUAUAAUGGAAAUGUAGAG